AUGAAAAUGGAUGAUGCUCAUGAAGACCACGUACCAUAUUCCUCAAAUGGGCGCUUGUCUUCCAGAGGGCGACGAUUCGGGUAUUGGCGAGUGCUGAUAAUAAUGGCCGUGCUUGGUCUUGCUGCUGUGACCGGCGCGUUGGUCGCGCUCUCCUUCUUAAGCGUGGAAGCCAAAGGCCCAAAGGUCACCGAUAAGGUAUGGUUUGAUGUAUCAAUUGGUGGCACUUCCAUUGGACGUAUCGAGAUCGGUCUGUUCGGGGAUCAAGUGCCGAAGACUGUCCGCAAUUUCCGCGAACUGGCGGAGAAACCCGUGGGCGAAGGUUAUGCGGGCUCCACAUUCCACCGAGUUAUUAAAGACUUCAUGAUUCAAGGCGGGGACUUCACAAGAGGUGAUGGAACCGGAGGCAGAAGCAUUUAUGGAGAAAAAUUCGAGGACGAAAAUUUCGAUUUGAAACACUAUGGUGCGGGUUGGCUGUCCAUGGCGAACGCUGGUCCGGACACAAACGGCUCGCAGUUUUUCAUUACGACGAAACCCACCUCUUGGUUGGAUGGGAAGCAUGUCGUUUUUGGAAAAGUCAUUAAAGGAAUGGAUGUUGUGAGGAAGAUUGAAGCCACUAAAACUGGCAGAGGGGAUAAGCCGACGUCGACCGUGAAGAUUGAUAGCAGUGGAAGCGAAAAAGUUCCCACGCCAUUUGUCGUUGAAGAAGCAGACGCUGAAGAAUAACAGUCCAAAAAUGUUGCAAAAACGACUGAGUCCUACUGUGAUUUGCGACUAGAUCAUUAUUCCGCUUUUUGAUAGUGUGUUUAAAGCAGCAGCUCUCACGAGUCUUUUCGCUUUUAUGAUUCUUGUGUUCGGCAAUGAUUGUUUUUUUUUUUUCGAAAGUACUGUACGUACAUAUGAGGGAGAUUUUCACUGACUUCCGGGCACAAUACACUGACUUUUUUUUUCUUA